AUGGCUCGCUCUGCGGCGGGAGGAUCCACACCGCACGCCCAGCCUGCGGACACGCGCACAGUCACUGGCACGACACUCGCCUGGAGCCGGCGGAACCAGCAGCACCGGCCCGAACACCCGGACCUUAAGCCGGAAUACAGCUAACCUAGCGAGAGCUAACGCUACCGCCGCUAGCUCUCAGGCGAAGCGCCGUCCCCGGGACACGCAGGCACGCGAGCAGCGGGGCCGCGGCCUCUCCGCGGCCAGAAGCUCGAGAGCGCGCAGGCAUCCCCGACACGAUCGGCGCGGGAGCCGGAAGAGAGCGCGGCACCGAGGGAGAGCGCGGCUCCGAGGGAGAGCGCUUACCGGGACUGCGGUGCUCCUCGGGGGCUCCACCAACACUUAGUCCGCUUGUUGUUAUUGUUGAGGACGAGCAAAGACCGGAAGACUGCGGGGGCACGCAGGCGCACCAAAGAUCUGUUAGACAGGCGCACCAGGACGCAUGCGCACAGCUCAUAACUUCCCCAGUGCUGGUUGUGACCGAGGACCGGACUGGGGCCGUGGCACGAGCGUGGACGGUGCGAGCACGGGCCUCCCUUUCAUUUCAACCUGCUCAGCGUCAUUCAUGCUCCUGGCGCUGCACCGAUGGCGUCCUGCGGGUCAGACUGAGCUGAGCUGAGACCAUUCAAGCGUUUCAAGUGUUUGAGCAGGACGUGUGUGGACGUGUGUCCCGAGCCGGCGGAGCUCCGCGCUCUGCUCCUCAAUAAACCGUGAAACUUCUGUGCCCUCUUUCUUCUGCGUGUUUCCUCAUCACCACCGCGCGUCUGACUUUCGUGUGCUGACCUACUUUGGCUCUGUUUGUAGAGUCUCCACCGUCGAUCAUUGGUCGACUCUAAUCGCUUCCAACAUCUGGAAGCUCCUCCCCCGCGGACAUUAGCAGGUCCUGCUCUGUGGGGGCGGGGUCUAAUCUGUGCCCGCCGCCACCAAUAAUCCAGCCGAACAACAACUGCCUUGAAACAAUGGUCAAAUGCGUUGAGAGUUCUCCGAGUCCACCAGAGCUCAGGUAGGAUGUGCCACAUUCCCUUCAAAUACGACCCAGGCUUCAGAGAAUCCUUGCUUUACUGCUGUAAAACUGAUAAUAUAGUGUGAGCUGCUGUCGGAUGAUGAUGAUGAUGGUGGUGAUGAAGAUGAUGAUGAUGAUGGUGAUGAUGAAGAUGAUGGUGAUAAUGAUGAUGAUGGUGAUGAUGAAGAUGGUGAUGAUGGUGAUGAUGAUGAUGAUGAUGAAGAUGAAGGUGAUGAAGAUGAUGAUGGUGAUGAUGAAGAUGAUGGUGAUGAAGAUGAUGAUGGUGAUGAUGAAGAUGAUGUGAUGAUGAUUAUGAUGGUGAUGAUGAAGAUGUGAUGAUGGUGAUGAUGAAGAUGAUGGUGAUGAAGGUGGUGAUGAUGAUGAUGAUGGUGAUGAUGAAGAUGAGGGUGACGAAGAUGAUGAUAAUGAUGGUGAUGAUGAUGAAGAUGAUGAUGAUGAUGAUGGUGAUGAAGAUGAUGAUGGUGAUGAUGGUGAUGAUGAAGAUGAUGAAGAUGAAGGUGAUGAAGAAGAUGAUGAUGUGGUGAUGAAGAUGAUGAUGGUGAUGAUGGUGAUGAUGAAGAUGAUGGUGAUGAUGAUGGUGAUGAUGGUGAAGAUGAUGGUGAUGAAGAUGAUGGUGAUGAAGAUGAUGGUGAUGAAGAUGAUGAUGAUGAAGAUGAUGAUGGUGAUGAUGAUGAUGAUGGUGAUGAAGAUGGUGAUGAUGAUGAUGAAGAUGAUGGCGAUGAAGAUGAUGGUGAUGAAGAUGAUGAUGAUGAAGAUGAUGAUGGUGAUGAAGAUGAUGAUGGUGAUGAUGAAGAUGAUGAUGGUGAUGAUGAAGAUGAUGAAAGUGAUGGUGAUGACGAUGGUGAUGAUGAAGAUGAUGAAGAUGAUGAUGGUGAUGAUGAUGAUGAAGAUGAUGGUGAUGAAGAUGAUGAUGGUGAUGAUGAAGAUGAUCAUGAUGAUGAUGGUGAUGAUGAAGAUGAUGAUGAUGGUGAUGAUGAAGAUGAUGAUGAUGAUGAUGAAGAUGAUGAUGAUGGUGAUGAAGAUGUGAUGAUGGUGAUGAUGAAGAUGAUGGUGAUGAAGGUGGUGAUGAUGAUGAUGAUGGUGAUGAUGAAGAUGAGGGUGACGAAGAUGAUGAUAAUGAUGGUGAUGAUGAUGAUGAUGAUGAAGAUGAUGAUGGUGAUGAUGAUGAUGAUGAUGAUGGUGAUGAAGAUGGUGAUGAUGAUGAUGAAGAUGAUGGUGAUGAAGAUGAUGAUGGUGAUGAUGAAGAUGAUGAAGAUGAUGAUGAUGAUGAUGAUGGUGAUGAUGAAGAUGAUGAAGAUGAUGAUGAUGAUGAUGAUGGUGAUGAUGAAGAUGAUGUUCAUAACGAUGAAAACCUAACGAACGUGUUCUCUGUUGCCGUCGUGCCGGAUGAAUCACUUCUGUCAUUUGCACGGUGAGUCUCUGUGUCACACAAACGCACUCACACACGCGCGCUCGAUUCACAUUCGUGACUGUGAUGUCGAGUGUUUCGGUUUAUUGCGAAUCGCUGAAAUGAAGGGCAAAUUGAACGAUUACGACGUCAUCGCGUGGUGACGUUCGCGCCCAGUCUUGUGACGUCAGCGGAACGGCGCAGCAACCGUUAGGCAGCGGAGAGAGGAGCGUCCUGUUGGAGGACAGGUAAAGCGGAUGACGCUGCGGAUGCGCGUGAGAGGAACACUCGAAUUGCGUGCCGGAUGGGUCGCGAGACGGGUGCGGCGAGAGGGAGUUCGCUCAUCCGGAGAUGGAGUUUGUGAUGCGUCGUUCGUUCAGUUCGUCUGUGGCGUGCGUGUUGCUGCAGGACCGCGCGCGCGUGUGCCUGUGUGUGUGUGUGUGUGUGUGUGUGUUCUUUGGCUGGAUAUAAUUGUGACCUUCUUAACCUCGUUUUUGCCGGUCCCCACGAGGUUAAUCCCCAGUGUGAGGGUGUUGAGCUCCAAAUAACCGGGUCAGGGCUCCAGUCUGGUUGAGAGUCCUGGAUCAGGUGCACCACCGUGAUGGCUGGGUCAGGUGACUCUCUGGCGACCGCGCACCUGGAGGACGACGCUCACACUGAGGAGCAGCUCACGCCACAGAGGGGGGGCGGAGCCACGCCUUUACCGGCCGACGACUCUCUGAGCCGUUUCUCGUCCAGCAGUUGGAUCACGCGCUCGCCGCCCAGAACCCGUCGCAACUUCCGAACCAUGAUCGCCAAGGUCACGCUGCUGGACGGCUCCGUGUUCUCCUGCGCGGUGGAGAAAAGCGCACGUGGUCAGCUGCUGUUGGACCAGGUGUGUGAGCACGUCAACCUGCUGGAGAGAGACUACUUUGCCUUGUGCUUCCUGGACGCUGACAACAUCAAGAACUGGCUGGAUCCAGGGAAAGCGAUGAAGAAGCAGGUCAGAGGUGUUCCCUGGAACUUCACUUUCAACGUCAAGUUUUAUCCGCCGGAGCCCGCCCGCCUCUCUGAGGACCUCACCAGGUACUUCCUGUGUCUUCAGCUGAGACAGGACAUCGUGUCAGGACGGCUUCCUUGUUCCUCGGCGACGCUGACUGCGCUGGGCUCGUACACCGUCCAGUCAGAGCUGGGCGACUGUGACCCGGAGGGCAGCAGCUGCGAGAACAUCACGGAACUGACUUUGGCUCCAACUCAGACCAGAGACUUGGAGAAAAGGAUCUGUGACCUUCACAAAACACACAGGGGGAUGAGUCCUGCUGACGCUGAGAUGAACUUCCUCAACAUUGUCAAAAAACUCUCCAUGUACGGUGUUGAUCUUCAUAACGUAAAGGACUCGGAGGGCGUGGCCAUGAUGCUGGGCGUGUGCAGUAGUGGCCUGCAUGUCUACAGGGACAGACUCAGGAUCAACAGGUUCUCCUGGUCCAAGAUUUUGAAGAUCUCGUACAAAAGAAACAAUUUCUAUAUCAAGAUCCGACCUGGAGAGUAUGAGCAGUUUGAGUCAACCAUCGGCUUCAAACUACAGAAUCACCGAACUGCAAAGAGACUGUGGAAGGUUUGUGUGGAGCACCACUCUUUUUUCAGGCUGCUGUCCCCUGAAGAGACGCCAAAACGCUCUGUGUUUCUGGGGUCCAAGUUUCGGUUCAGUGGCCGGACUCAGAUCCAGAGUCGCAGAGCCAGCGCUCAGAUAUCAAGACCUGCUCCCCAUUUCUACCGCAGCAUCAGCAAGAGGAACCUGAGCCGCAGCCUGGACGGCGGUAGGCCUCAGAUGCAGCACAAGUGUGAGCAAGUUCAUGACUGUGGCUGUGCAGAUCUGGGUGCAGGACUGGAUGCUGCAGCGAAGGCAAGUGACCUCAGCAGCAGCAGAACUCUGGAGAGCAGGAUGGAGGAGGAGGUCCAGGUCACACAGGAGGUCCAGGUCACGGAGGAGGCUCAGGUCACGGAGGAGGCUCAGGUCACGCAGGAGGUCCAGGUCACGCAGGAGGUCUGGGUCACGCAGGAGGCUCAGGUCACGCAGGAGGUCCAGGUGAUGGAGGAGGUCCAGGUCAUGGUGGAAUUGCACAGGACGGAUGAUGUCAAGGAAGAAGACAACGUGACUCCUGAAAGUCCCUCAAGUCCUCAGAAAGGCGACACCAAGACGGAGACCUCGGAUCCAGCAGAGGAAGACCUCAGCCACACUGAGCUGACGCUGGGCAGCCCGGAGGAGGCUCCCAAUCCUCUCACUACCAUCAGCGAACUCCGCCGCUGCUUUCUAGAAGGAGAUGGCCUUUUGGCAGACCAAGCGGUGACGGAGUGGGAUCGACGCUUGGCCUGCAGACGAGCCGACGACUCUCCGAUGAUUGAACCCCUGGAGCCAGAGGAGGAGCAAAUGCAUGCCCGUGUCAGCCACGAUGUCCAGCAGGCAGCUGGAGCAGACAGUGAUGGAGGGGAGGAUAGCGUAGGCAGCGAUGCUAGCAGCCGGGACAGUGAUGAUGUCAUCAGUGUGCUGGACGCCAGAGAGUCUGAGGAGUCUCUGGAGCCGGAGGCCUCAGCAGGCCUGCUCCCAGCGCUGUGCUUGGACCUCCAUCGCCAUGACGAUGAGAACUCGGAGCACUUGGAAGAUCCUGCCGAAGGUGCUCUCACGCAUCCACACAGUCAGCCCACAGUUGACCCGGAUGAAGACGAGGACGAUGACGGGACGACUCGGCAAAAGGUGGCGCAAGUCCUUCCUGUCCCCCUGAGCCAGCAUCAUAGAGCCCUUCUCUGGUCCAACCCGCUCACCCCAGCCGUCCUCCCAAGCUGCCCCCGUCUCUCCUCCUUGACUGACAGUGUUGUCUCUUCUGCAGCUGGUCCUGGAGGCCCCUGUCAUGAGGAAGUCACCAUCAGGGAAUUCCAAGGGACUGUCAGAAACACGGGUGGAGAAGAGAAUUGUGAUUUCAGGAGCCAGCGGGCAGGACUGAGUUUUCCAGCUGAGGUCCGGCCUGCAAACCCCGCCCCACUCAACUCUUCACCAGUUUUUCAUCACCUGGAAUACAAUCGUUCCGCGACCUCCGUUUAGCCACAAUGCAACUGUCCGAAAACACCAAGUCCAGACGGAGUGUCCUGGCUCCUGUCCACAGCCUGCUUUCUUUUCGAUGGAGGGUUUGGGUCUAUGGACUAAUCAUUUGAAAUAAAACAUGGUCAAAUGA